AUGGCAUCAAAACGUCUUCGGUCGAACGUCGACGUAGUGGGCGGCAUCAACGAGCUGCUGAACCUUUCGGUCCGCUCUCCGUCGCACGGGGAGGAACGUCUCGACACUCAAUCGUUCAGUGGUCAGCCGAACUGGUCGCUGCAAGUGACAGAGACCGACGAUAUGCACUCUACUCCAUUGAAGCGCCUUCGGACCUCUGAAUCGCCCGCUGGUGUGUCGUCCCGCAGCCCCAGCUCCGCCUCGCCUUCCUCGCUACGCACGACAAGUGACAGCAUCGGCGGCGAUGAACUCGACUUGCUGCGGCGCAAAGACGAAGAAGUGGCCGACAUGGCGCUCUUUCUCGCGAAGGCCGUCGGUGAGACGUCGUCGCGGCACUCCCUCGCGGAGCUUGUCGGUCUUCUCGUCCGUAGUGGUGUGUCGCGUGUGGCGUUGGCAUUGAAGCGAGUGGGCGGACAGACUACCUUUAUGGGCAAUCUGCAUGAGGCGACUUCGUUCACGGACAAUGAACGCCGAAUCGCCAUUGUGCUCUUUUCCAGUCUCAUGGCCCACGUCGACGCGGAGGCGCUGCUCCAGAAGUGCGUGGUGACGUUUCUCGUCAAGUCUUUGACUUCUGCGAACACGCAAGAAGCCUCACCUGCUCUUGACCACCGCAUCGCAUCGCAUUGGUCGGCGCGUGGGAAGCAGAAAGGAGCGGUGCCGCAACCGUCAUCUGGCAGCUCGCGCGGCGUGGCAGGCGGCCUCGAGGGCCAAGUAGCGAGGCUGUGCGGGGAUGCAGCAGGGAGCUCUGGAAGCUAUGAAGACAAAAGCUGCGCCUCAUUGGCCCUCCGCUCGCUCCUGACAAUCAUGUUCGUCUACAACAGCAGCCCCCACAUGGCUGCCUCGCGACACCUCUCCGUGCCGCUCCUCUUCGCCAACGCCGGUGGGCUCCAGCACCUAGGCAAGCUGUUGAGCGACAGGGAUACGCAAGAGCAUGCGCUGGCGUUGUUAGAGGUUCUGACAGCAACGGAGGAGCUCAGUCUGCAGAAUGACGGGCUUUUGGCACUUGUGCCUGCGCUUGUAGCGCAGCUGCGCACAAGUGCCGUCGAAGUACCCGUGCUCAAGGUGCUCACAAACAUCACGAACAUCCUGCCGCACGCACUCUCUGCCACCGGCACCGCGGCAGCAUUUGCGCAGUUCGCGCUUGAGACCCUUUUGCGUCCGCGGGCGGUCAGCACUCCUGACGAGAUCGAAAUCUUCGUCCUUUGCUGUGCCAUCAACGUGGUGAAGUACGAGUCGAAGGAGACGGAGUCUCCGGAGGGAGAGCUUGCCGAGGCCCUUGUUGCUUCGCAGGAUACGCUGAUGUCCCUCGCGGGCGCGAUGGUGGAGAGCUACCGGUGCAGCAGUACGGAGCAGCUGGUACGCAGUGGCUAUUACGCACUUCUGCUAGGUGCACUCUCGUUGGUGCCCGUUGCCAAAGAAGAAGGUAGCACCACAUUGCGCGUUCUCGUGAUGACGGCUGUGGCUAGGGUGUCGGAUGGCCAUUCCAUUGGGCUUACGGCGGGCCACCAACCCAUGCGCAUUGUUGUCGCCAUCAUUCAAGAGUUCCUCUUCUUUCAGAGCUCGGCGGGGACGCUGACAAAGGAAGUGCUGCAGGACAUGAAGGCGCUGGUGGACCGCAUUCUCAGGAGCAAUCACAUCGAUGUUGCUUCGGACGGUGACCGCAGAGCCACUACUGCGGACAGCAUCACUGCGGUGUCGACUGACGAGGACGACGACCUUGUUCUGGGCCAGCUGCUUUAG